AUGCCUAUUGUCCAUGGAAGCUCAAAGGUUUCUUUUUCUGCGCACUCCUCUUCUGGCCAUGGACACGGUGCUGUUCAUUGUGGGCACAGUUAUGGAAUCCAUCAUGGAUGGAACAAUACUGGUCUUCUCAGCAUUAAUGAAAAGGAAACUUUACAACAUCUUAACCAGCGACUGUCCUCCUAUCUAGAUAAGGUUCAUUCUCUGGAGCAGGAGAAUGCCCUUUUGGAGAGGAAGAUCUGUGAGUGGUAUGCCAACAAUGCCCCCAUUUCACUCCCUGAUUCAAGCCAAUACUCCAGAACCAUCCAGGAGAUCCAGAAUAUGAUACUUUCAACCACCAUGGAAAAUGCAAGACUUGAGCGUCAAAAAGACGAUGCCCAGCAGGCAACCAUUGACCUAAGAAGAAGGUACCAAAUGGAGGUAAACCUGAGGAACAGUAUUGAAUUUGAUAUUGCUGAGCAGAGCAAAGCAUUGAGUGAAUUUAAUAUGACAGUUCAAGACUUGGGAAGACAAGUCCAGUGUCUACAAGAAGAACUUUUCCAAAUGAAGAACAACCAUGCAGGAGAAGUGAGUUUCCUACGACAACAACUUGGUGCCAGAGUUAAUGUAGAAAUGAAUGCUGCCCCAUCUGUUGAUCUGAGUCAAGUGUUAACCGAAGUCAGAGAUGAAUAUGAAAACCUAAUGGAGAGAAACCUGAUGGAAGUUGAGAGCAUGUUUCUAACAAGGAGUGCAGAAUUAAACCAAGAAGUUUCCAUUGGUGCCGAACAACUACAGACAACUAGUAAUGAGAUCAUUGACCUGAAACGUUCUGUGCAAGCCCUGGAGAUUGAGCUGCAGACUCAGAUGAGUCUGAAUAAUUCUUUAGGGUCCACCUUGGCUGAAACAGAAGCCACAUUUAGUGCCCAGCUUGUGCAGCUCCAGUGUCUGAUUGAUAAUAUUGAAGCUUCACUGGCUCAAAUCCGAUCUACUCUAGAACGACAGAACUAUCAGUACCAACUUCUAAUGGACCAGAAAAACCAACUUGAUAUGGAGAUUUCAACAUAUAGACAUCUUCUAGAUGGUCAUAAUAUUCAGAGUGCAGAGCCGUCGACGUCUGACGUCACUAAUAGGCGUCCUCUGGAAGAAGAAAAAGCUCCGCCUCUCACAGUGCCAGCUAAAAGAUUCAGAAAAGAAAAAACAAGAUUUUCACCAUCUCAGCAAUCGACCAAACGCAGGAUAAAAUUAUCUGAUGCGCAACGAGGCUCGAGAGCGUCCGACAAACAUCGCAACCGACUUCAACAGUUUCUACAGCCAACUGCCAAGUCUGCUGCGAGAUCUUCAACUGUAAAGCCUGCGACUGCGACACGAGACUCUUCAGCUGGUUUGGUCCCGAAAAAAGAAAAUAAUUCUUAUCGUCUCAUUCACAAUCUGUCUUUUCCCAAAGAUGGGUCUUUGAAUGACACGAUUAAUAAAGAAUGGUCCACAGUGCAUUAUGCAACAUUAGAUAUGGCUUUAUCUAUGUUACGUAAGGCAGGCAGAAAUGCUCAGCUGGCUAAAACAGAUAUCAAGUCAGCGUUUAGACUUUUACCUAUCAAUCCCGAUGGAUAUACGUAA